AUGUCGGGCCAGAGCGCGGUGAGCGACCCCCAGCACGCCGCCCGCCUGCUGCGGGCCCUCAGCUCCUUCCGCGAGGAGAGCCGCUUCUGCGACGCGCACCUGGUGCUGGAGGGCGAGGAGAUCCCCGUGCAGAAGAACAUCCUGGCGGCCGCCAGCCCCUACAUCAGAACAAAAUUGAACUAUAAUCCUCCAAAGGAUGAUGGAUCUACGUAUAAGAUUGAACUUGAAGGGAUAUCUGUUGAAAUCAUGAGAGAGAUACUGGAUUACAUCUUCAGUGGGCAGAUCAGGCUAAAUGAAGACACUAUCCAAGAUGUUCUGCAGGCAGCUGAUCUCCUGCUUCUUACAGAUCUUAAAACUCUCUGCUGUGAGUUUUUAGAAGGUUGUAUAGCUGCUGAGAACUGUAUUGGUAUUCGGGACUUUGCACUGCACUAUUGUUUGCGUCACGUUUAUUACCUUGCCUCGGAGUAUCUGGAAACUCACUUCCGAGAUGUCAGCAGCACAGAGGAGUUCCUGGAACUGAGUCCCCAAAAACUGAAAGAAGUGCUAUCCCUGGAAAAGCUGAAUGUUGGAAAUGAAAGAUAUGUAUUUGAAGCAGUAAUUAGAUGGAUCUCCCAUGAUUCAGAAUUAAGAAAGGUUCACCUGAAGGAUGUCAUGUCAGCAGUGUGGGUUUCAGGAUUAGAUUCAACUUAUUUGCGUGAGCAAAUGAUGAGCGAACCACUGGUGCGGGAGAUUGUCAAAGAAUGUAACAACAUUCCACUCACUCCACCACAGCAGGGGGAGGCAAUGUUAGCUUCUUUCAAACCCAGAGGUUAUUCCGAGUGUAUAGUGACUGUUGGUGGUGAAGAAAGAGUGUCACGGAAGCCAACAGCUGUGAUGCGAUGCAUGUGCCCUCUUUAUGAUCCUAAUAGGCAACUCUGGAUUGAACUUGCCCCUAUGAGCAUUCCAAGAAUCAACCAUGGGGUACUCUCAGCAGAAGGAUUUUUGUUUGUACUUGGAGGUCAAGAUGAAAAUAAGGAAACUCUGAGCUCUGGAGAAAAAUAUGAUCCUGAUACCAAUUCAUGGAGUUCCUUGCCACCAAUGAAUGAGGCACGGCAUAAUUUUGGUUUGGUAGAGAUUGAUGGAAUUCUGUAUAUUCUGGGAGGUGAGGAUAGAGAAAGGGAGCUACGCUCUAUGGAGUGCUAUGACAUUUAUAACAAGACCUGGACCAAGCAGCCAGAUCUGACCAUGGUUAGAAAGAUUGGCUGCUUUGCAGCUAUGAAGAAGAAAAUCUAUGCCAUGGGCGGAGGCUCCUAUGGAAAACUGUUUGAAUCUGUUGAGUGUUACGACCCUAGGACUCAGCAAUGGACAGCCAUCUGUCCACUAAAAGAGAGAAGAUUUGGGGCAGUGGCAUGUGGAGUUGCCUCAGAGCUUUACGUGUUUGGUGGAGUCAGAAGUCGUGAUGAUAAUCAGGCCAGUGAGAUGGUGACAUGCAAAUCUGAAUUCUAUCAUGAUGAGUUUAAAAGGUGGAUUUAUCUAAAUGAUCAGAACUUAUGCAUCCCAGCCAGUUCUUCCUUUGUGUAUGGAGCUGUACCUAUUGGGGCCAGUAUUUAUGUCAUUGGAGAUCUUGAUACAGGUACCAAUUAUGACUACGUUAGAGAGUUUAAAAGGAGCACAGGAACUUGGCACCAUACUAAACCAUUAUUUCCAUCAGACCUUCGCCGCACUGGCUGCGCGGCCUUGCGGAUUGCAAACUGCAAGCUUUUCCGACUGCAGCUUCAGCAAGGAUUGUUCCGUAUUCGUGUUCCUUCCCCAUGAUUAGUCCUCUAAAAAUGGAAGAGAUGGGAAGAACCUGACACAGUCCACCAUAACAUAGCUUUAUAUAAGGAAAAACAAAGCUAUUGCAACUGAAACUUACAUUAUAUGCUGUGCUUUGGUAUGGUAUCUGUUUCUGUUUGUUUUAAAAUGCUUAAAAACUUGAGUCUCAGCUCUUGUUUGGGGGAUAAAUAGCUGUAUAUUAAACAAAAAAAUACCAUGACAAAGAGAACACCUUCAGUCCUAACUAUCUAAACAAUUAAACUACACUAAUGAAGGAGUUCCUUGUGUCUGAAGCAGGAAGGAAUGGGUAAUAUAACAAAUUGUAUUGAAACGUAAAAAAAAUUUAAGGUGCAUUUCUCCUGAGGGGAAUUGAUAAGAGUUAGCAUGCUAUCUUCAACUGGAUAGCUUUAAUACAUAGAUAUGCUGUAUGAAAACCAAUCUCUCUGGUAUACUGCAAGACUGUUCUUCAUCUGAAUCGGCUGGAAGGAGAUGUUGGUUAUUGCACCUUUAUUUCUGGCCCUUCCUCACUAGUCAAGGUCUGUGCCUACAAGGGUGGAGGUGUACAUGUGUUUUCAUUCAUUUCCGAUGUUUUCAUUCCUAAGGAUCUUUUAAAUAUAUUUAAAAUUGAACUAAGAGUUACAAUAUAUUAUAGAUGUGUAAACUGUUUUUCUACACUGCGUCAUUCAAAUGGUCUGAAGAUUCCGU